AAAAAUAUCAAUUUUUUUAAAGAUAAAAUGAAUUGGUUUUCAGUUCUUGGCCUGGUGGGCCUUACUGUAGCAGCAAAUGUGGAGGUUAUCUUGGAUGCAAGGUCCCCUUUAACCCGUGAAGUAUAUGGGUCUCCAGAAACAAAAACCAUUCUAACUGUUGACCAGGAAUAUGUUGAUAAUAUACAGAGCAAAGUAAAAGAAGAAGAUCUGACUGCAGCAGUUCUUCUGGUUGAUGAUGCUAGUACGGAGGAAUCCUGUAAUCUAGUUCCAUGUUUUGAUGACCUAGAAGAGUAUGUGAACAGUUCAUAUCCCCAGAAGAUUGAAAUAUCGUAUCCGGAAGAUUUAAGCUUUGAGGGACUUAAAAAAUCGCUGGAGUUGGAAAGAAUUCUACUGAUUGAUGUGAGGAAUAGAUCUGAGCUAGUGGAUCCAGGACAAAUUCCAGGCAGCGUUAACCUUCCCCUUCAUGAGAUCCCUCAAGCUUUUGAGCUGAGCCCUCAACAAUUUGAAGAAAAGUAUAAUUUCACUGUUCCUGAACCCCUGGAUAGAAAUAUUGUCCUCACCUGCAGAUCUGGAAAAAGAAUAUUGGUUGCAAAGGAAAGAAUGGAAGCUCUUGGUUAUGAAUAUCUAAGGCUGUACCGGGGUAGCUUUAAUGACUGGGUUGCAAAUGGUGGCGAUAUCAUUUAGUUUAUUAAUAAAGAAAUAUAUCUAUAUUAUAUAUAAAUAUAUUUAUAUUAUAUUCAAAUAUAUUUAUAUUAUAUAAAAAUACAUUUUGUAUAUCAACGAUGCUGUCGAUGUAAAUUCAAGUGCUCCUUCACUUAGAGUUAGAUUUUUUAGAAAACAUUUUUUUUAAAUUUCUUGUUUAACUUUGAUUGCAAAUUUAUGCAGCAAAAGACAAAAAAGGAGAUGAACAGAAAUUAACACAUUUUAAGAAAGACGAUAUCAUAGGUACCUUUGUGAAUUAGACACGAAGCUCUUUCACUUGAAAUUACGUUGCAAGUAACGUUAAUCAGAUUUUUAUAUAUUGACUUUUGCUCUUUUUAUGAUGUAUAUGUAUGUUGUAUGAACCUAAAUCGUAAUAAAAGUAGAGUAGUAAUUA